GGCUCCCCGGCCUGAUAGGGCGGAAUGGCCGGGGAGCCGCCCUCGAGCCGGCCGGGCGGGGUGGCUGUCGGUGUUCCCUUGGAGGGGGGGAACGCGGAGCUUAGCGGGCAACAGCCAUGCAGCGCAGCGGGCUUCUCCUGGCGGCGCUCCUCGCCCUCCUGGCCCCCGUCAGAGGAGCUACAGUGAAGCCUGUUUCACCUCAGAAGCCACCAUCAUCAGAUUUUGAUGACUUUAACUUAGAAGAUGCUUUUGGGCCUAGUUCCAAGCCAGAUCUACCUGCAAAGCCUAAAGACUCUGAUAACCCCAGGCCAGCUACACCUGUAAAGCCUAGAGAACCUGGCGGCUUUGAUGAUUCAGAUCUAUUUGAUGGUGAUUUACCCAAAGAAGGAGGUGGAGGCAGCAGUGGUGGCAAUGGAGAAAGGGACACAGUUUCAAACAAAGGUGGAGAUGGUGAGGCUUCUCAGGGAGCAAUAGCUGGGAUUGUAAGUGCUGUGGCUGCUACUGCAAUCGGAGCAGUAUCUAGUUUCAUUGCUUACCAGAAGAAGAAACUCUGUUUCAAACAAAGCGCAGAUGAAGAGAAUGUGAAUAUGGACAGCCAUAGAGGAGCACAAUCUGAGCCACCUGUUCAGCGCACACUUCUGGAGAACUAAGAGAAAUGAUGGUGACCAUUGAAACUGGAUAGAGAGCCUGCAUUCUGCCUGGGGGGGGGAAAAAAAAGAGAGAAAAAAAAAAGAAAGAAACAAAAAAGUACAAUGUAAACAGUAGAGACUGAAAUUGUGUGAGAAAACAGUCCAUGGUGUUUGAAACAUUUUUUGAGAGUGUGGCUUAGACCUGAGUACUUCUAUAUGGUUAGUCCUGUGAAGCAGUGUUGCACACCAAGAUACGGCCUUAAUAACAGGAGAUGUUCUUACCUUUACUCCUGUGACAAAUGGGUGUGCCUCAAGUGCAUUCGGUAUGUUUAACUUUUUCUUACCUCUCUC